AUGCCAUAUUUACCAAAUAGUAAACCAAGUAAAAGCAACAACCAAGGUGAUAAAAACUGGACCAGUAACAUAGAACAAGAAGAAAAGCCAGUUGGUAAAGGCAAACAAAAAGCUACUUCUUCUACAAGUGAAAACAACAAGGUAAAAAACAACAAGACACAUGCAAUAGCAAAUACAGAAAACAACAAACAAACAGAUACGGAACACAUGCAUAUCACACAUGACAAAAUUGAUACACAAGACAAAAUCGUUGAUAGCACAACAUCAGAUGAUACAUCUAACAGUGCUGAAGUGAACCAAGAUAUGAACACCCAGACAAGUUGUUCUACUGACAACACUUCUUUUAACUGGGCCAACAUUACAGAAAAAGAAUUACAAGACAGUGAAAUAUGGGAAGAUAUCCUCUUAGAACAAACAAAAGCUCGCACCACAACAACUGAAGAAACAAACAACACAUGUCAAAACAACAAUGUUUCAGCUGAUAAACAUGUGUUUAACCAAAACAGUCAAUCAGAAGACAACAAUCAGG